AUGAGUCCCCGAAUCUGCUGGCUCUGCAACAUCUUCAGAGAUGGCACAAAUGGAAUCACUUCAAAAGUAAGUCUGGAAGAAGUGCUACAGUGGUCUCAGUCUUUUGAAAAACUAAUGGCUACUAAAUAUGGGCCUAUUGUCUACAAAACCUACCUGAAGACUGAAUACAGCGAUGAGAACAUUGAAUUCUGGUUUGCUUGUGAAAAGUAUAAGAAGAUUGUAUCGCAGAGGAAAAGAAUGUCAAUGGCACAGAAACUUUUCAAGGAAUAUAUACAGCCUCAGGCUCCGAGGGAGAUUAACAUGGAUAGUCAAGCAAGAGAAGCUGUUAUCAAAAACAUUCAAGAAGCAACGCAGUCCUGUUUCAACGAAGCCCAGAAAAUUGUUUACUUGCACAUGGAAAGGGAUUCCUACCCGAGGUUUCUUGGUUCAGAAAUCUAUCGAAACCUUUUCCUUACUCUUUCAAUCAGACAGAAACCACUGGUGUCUAUGAAAGAGGGAGAAUGAGAACUUGGAAGCGGCCAUUUUCACCAUCUGUUUUUGAGCCUUAUCAUAAACAAG